AUGUCGUUGUUCACCACCAGUAGCCCUUUCUCUUCCAACCCCGUGGAAACAAAGGCAGAUCUUUCCAGAUAUCUGAUUGGUCUUCUCGACCCCCUUGCUUCACAUACCUCACCUGGUGGUGCUCGCAUCCACCUUGGCUUUACAGGGACUCACUACGAUGACAUAGCCGCUCAGCUAGAGGGCUUCUCUCGUCCCAUCUGGGGCCUUGCAUCGCUCUUGGCCGGCGGGGGCUCAUACGAGGGCACGCAGCGAUGGGUCAACGGUUUCGCGAAUGGCACCCAUCCAGACCAUGAGGAGUUCUGGGGAAAUAUGAGGGAUAAGGAUCAGCGGAUGGUUGAGUGUUCGGCCAUCGGUUUCUCCCUUGCCGUCGCGAAGGGGCAUCUGUGGGAUCCACUCCCGGAACAGGGAAAGAGGAGUCUUGAGACCUGGCUCGGUGGAAUGAACGAUAAGGAGAUGCCUAACACGAAUUGGCUGUGGUUCCGAGUGUUCUCCAAUCUCGGGCUAUCAAAAGUUGGAUCGUCCAAGUUUGACGCGAAGCGCAUGAAGGCUGACCUCGACCAUCUCGAUACGUUCUACAUCGGCGGCGGUUGGUCCAGGGAUGGCCCGGAAGGCGUCGUUCAGCUCGAUUAUUACUCGUCCUCCUUCGCCAUCCAAUACGCGCAGCUCGUGUACUCUAAACUCGCCCAGGCAGAAGACCCCAUCAGGUGCGAAGAGUUCAGAAACCGCGCACGUCAGUUUGCCUUGGACUUUGUGCAUUAUUUUGAUCCUGAAGGACGCGCGAUCCCAUUCGGCAGAAGUCUGACUUAUCGUUUCGCGAUGUCAUCUUUCUGGGGAGCGAUCGCCUUUGCAGAUGUUGAACUCCCUGCUCCACUCAGUUGGGGAGUAGUCAAAGGGCUCCAGCUGCGAAACAUUCGCUAUUGGGCUAGACAAGCAGGAGCAUAUUAUCCCGACGGAACGCUUACUAUAGGAUAUUGUUACCCAAACCACAAUAUGACCGAGAAUUAUAACUCGCCGGGAAGUCCAUAUUGGUGCUGCAAAUCAUUUAUCGCACUAGCUCUGCCCACGACGCACCCCUUUUGGCAGGCAGGUGAACAACCAUACCCUGCGAGCCUCCUCGAGACUACCAAGCCGCUAUAUAAACCCCUGCAUAUCGCAACGAACAUGGGCGGACACACGUUCGUCCUAUCCUCUGGCCAGCAAUGCUCCUAUCCAGUCAAGCAGAGCGCUGCGAAGUACGGAAAAUUUGCGUACUCGUCCGCGUUCGGAUACAGCGUUCCUGUUGGAAGCCUGACGCUAGAAGAGCUUGGUGCGGACAGUGCACUUAUGCUGAGCGACGACGACGGGGAAGUCUGGAAGUGCAGGCGAGAGACGAAGGAGGCGCGCAUUGAGGACGGGAGGUGGCUCCGGUCGAUGUGGUACCCCUGGAAGGACGUCGCCGUAGAGACAUGGCUGGUGCCUCCCGCCGAGGAGGCGCCGCUGUGGCACCUACGUAUCCAUAGGAUAAGAACGGGCAGGCGGCUGCUCUCGGCUGAAGGCGGCUUCGCGAUCUAUGGACAGCGGGAGGAUGGCAGGGCGCUGGAGCCUUCCUCAGGCGAAUAUUUCGGUACGUUGGAGAACGGUUCCGAGGUGAGGGCGGCGUCCAAGGCGGGCGUGUCGGGCAUCGCAGAGCUUGGACAGCGGCCGAGCAGGAAGGGGAACGCGCUGCGCACCGAUGCGAACACGAACUUGAUGGUUCCGCGUGCUGUGGUUCCUACCCUCAUGGACGAACACGAGGCGAGUGAGGGAGAUACGUGGCUUGUGACUGCUGUGUUUGGCUUGCCGAGUGUUGAAGAUCAGGAGGGUGCUCCUGAUGGUUGGGAGGUAGAGUGGAAGAAGAGGCCUGCUAUUCCGAAGGAGAUCGCGGCGUUGAUGGGAUAG